AUGGACAAUUUAGACGAUUUGACACAUUUACUGGCAGGUAGUUCAGUAAGUGUGGCGCCAAACAGUACUAUGCGAGAACAUCCUCGAUUUUCUCAGUACAAAUAUGUCGGGCGGGCGGAAAUAAGUCAAGAGAGGCGACGGCAAGAGUUUCUUCGACGCCAGAAAGAAGCACGUUUUGAUUAUGCGAAUCAUGUACGAAAAUUGGCAAUGAAUGAAUCUGAUGAAAAUGUGAAUGAUAAAGAGGAAGAAAAAAUGGAUACAACAAUAUCUAGCAAAAACAUUAAGACGAUAAAUCGAAAAAGGAAUUACAAUCGUUAUGCCGAUGAACUGAUGCUUAGUGAAUGGUUAGUCGAUAUUCCGGAGAGCUUAUCCAAAGAUUGGAUAUGUAUACCGUGUCCGGUUGGUAGACGAUGUCUCGUGGUUGCUUCUAAUGGAGUAACAAGUGCUUAUGCGAAAUCUGGUUUUCUCAUUACACAAUUUCAUUCGUAUCUUCCUGGUGGGAAUCAUCCUUGCCGUGGUACGUAUACUCUUUUGGAUUGUGUUUUUGAUACAAAAUCGCCAACAUUCUAUUGUCUGGACAUGAUUGCUUGGAAUAGCCUCACGGUUGCUGAUUCGGAUUUUGAUUGCCGAUUAUUCAUGAUGAACUCGCGUAUCUCAGAGAAUGAAAAUUUUAAAGAGGUUUCGAAGAAAAUGCCUUACCGUUUUAUAUGUCUUCCAUAUUGCCGCUGCGAACACAAUUUUAUGGAGGAAAUGAUGCAUCGAGAUUUUGAUUUCGAAAUUGAUGGUGUUCUUUUUUAUCAUGCAAGCGUACAUUACCUUAAAGGCCAAAGUCCACUUGUAGGAUGGUUGAAGCCAUGGAUGUUGCCAGAAAUUUUAUCGGUUUCUGUGCCGGCAAAGCUGAUGAAUGGAAAUGAGAUAGUAGCAGGUGGUUCACAGAAAUUCAUCGAAACAUAUAAUCAAAACCACAAACAUAUUAGCAUGAUUGGUAAAACUCCCGAAAGUGUUUCCAGUUAA